UCUCUACCCAGCUGUAUCUAAAUCCACUUUGCUCCACCCUUUAGCGGCACAUGUUAAUCAAGGACAGGAUAGGGAGUCCCAAUCCGAGAACCCACUCCCUUCCUGGAGCUCUGUGGGGGCUCAGCAAGAGUUACGUCUGGUAACUAUGUCUUUUCUACGUUGCUGUGAGCUGGACAAAAAGAGAAAACUUUCCUUUGUCAACUUUUCAGCUUGUCUUGAUACUGUAUAUGGUGCAAGAACAACUGCAUGUAGCAGCCUUCAGUGAGGGACUUUGGACCUCUGCUCAAGCUUUCCUGGAGGAAUAUACAGUAUUUCAGGCUGCGGGAAAAUGUACUGGCGAAAACAUAUUAGAAUUCUUUUCAUUGUGACUCUGAUCUGGCAGGCCAUUCAUUUAGGAAAAGGCCGUGAAAAAGAAGAACAUGAACAAAAUGUGAAAAAUCUCAGCACCACAGCACAAAAGCAACAGCCUAAGAAUUCAUUGACAAUUAUGGAUGCUUUCAGUGACAUGAAUCAGAGUUACCAAAGCAGAAAGCAACAAGGUUCCAGGGAAUUUGUACCUUUCACUGGGAUUACAGAGAGUAAAAAUCUGAACAGGAACUGCUGCCAAAAUGGAGGGACCUGCAUCCUAGGGGCUUUCUGUGCAUGCCCAAAGCAUUUUAGUGGCCGACACUGUGAACUGAGAAAGUGCGGCAGCAUUGCCCAUGGCGACUGGGUGAUGAAGGGCUGCUGGCUGUGUCGAUGUCUCUAUGGCACUCUGAAGUGCCUCUCUCAAAACUUGCAAGACAAUUGUGAACUGAGAAGGGAAGAGGAAAUUAUCAGACUGUAUUCUAAUGGCCCAAGAUUACAGCAAACAAUGUCUGCACUGAUUUGCCUUCUCACCUUGCUCCUGGAGCUCUGCGGCUGGCAGUUGUGAAGCUGAACAGAAAGAUAAUAUCUGGGUUCCUGUAGCCUUUAACAUGAGUUGAACAACUCCUUCUUUAGUAAACUGCAGAAGACACUUAUACUUACAUAUCUAAAGCAUAUUAUGAGGUGUUAGGUAAUGAUGAAAUGCUUGGUUUAUUAUAAAUACAGAUUAUAUAAACGUGAAGUAUUUAUUAUUUUAUUAUUAUUAUAUUGCUACUACCAGUGUCUAUUUCCAACAGUUCUUUAGUUUUAAAAUACUGUUCUUUCAGUGGAAGAAAAUAACUAAAAAUAACAAACUAAAAAUGAAUUAUCUGGACUAGUAUUAAAUGGGGAGGUUGGUGGCCCUGCAUGUGGCAGGGAGGUUGGAGAUUCAUGAUCCUUGAGGUCCCUUCCAACCCUGACCACUUUGUGUGAUUCUGUGAUCUCCAUGCCUCAAGUAUAGUAAAUUAUUUCAAUUUCGUUUGUAUCCUAUACAACUACUUAAAUAAAUAACAGUGGUUUUAUUGUCCCUGAAGAGCUUUACUCUUUGGUUUUAUUUAAUAUGAAAAUUUUGACUACCAUCUGGUUACCCUAUUGUAUUCAGUAACAAAACGGUAACAAAAAGGCAGGUAGCACGAACAGCCUGAAACUUAGAAAGAUAAGGAGGAUUUUAACAGGAUUUCAAACACUAUUGUUAUGGAAGAACUAGAAGUUAGAAAGCUUUUCAGUUCUUGUUGUUAUUCAUUGUAGUUAAAAUUGUAACUAUGCAUAAUAUUAGGCAGGAAGUAAAUGUUUCUGAGGAACACAAAGCUGACAAUCAUUUGUUCUGUGAGAGUUUUAUUUUGUUUUGCAUCCUAAAAAUAAAAGCCCUUUUGUUUAUAAAAGGGCAGUGAAGGGCAACCUCUUUAAUAUUUUUCAUUAGGAAACAUGUCCUGAACUAUGUAUUAUUUAAAUAUGACUAUCUCUAGGCUGUGAAAUAAAAUCUAAAAAAAGAAAAAUAUUCGGAAAAUGUAACUGCAUUUGUGAUGCAAGUUUAUAAGACAUCAAAUACAUGCUUAUUUAAAAGAAAGAAAGAAAAAAAAAAAAGUAAAUGCCAGGCUAAACGUUCCUUCAUUCUCUCUGUGAAGCUACUACAUAGAAACAAUCAAAUUUUAAUUUUAUUGGCUCUAAAGAUGCUACUGAUUUUUAAAAUCACCAAGGGGCUUUAAUGACAUUCAAAAAUUAAAUAGAUGCAAUUCUUAAUUUUUUAAAUAAAUUUUCUUGGUGCAUCAAACCAAGACAAAAACCCAGUUGCUCAACAGAAAAAAUGCAUUACCAAUAAAUGUUUUAAUAAGUUGAAUCUAUGACUAUUCCAUAACUUCUAUAGGGAGCCACAGUGUGAAAACAAGAGCAUACAAAUACUACAAAGUAUUCAGGCUGCUACUUUGAACAUCUUGGAGUUAAGAAGUAAGGUUUUUUACCACAUAUAAUAUAGUAGACCAGAAAUGGCUUUUUUUCUCGUAAUAUCACCACUAUCCUGUCUGUACUCAUAUACCUAUGUUUGCACAAGCUUUAGAAACAGGGUGCUAUCUUAAGGCAAUUAUAUAUCAGAGAGUACACUGGAGGAAAAUAGCCUUUAUUUAUCAGAUGCUGACUUAUGAUGAUAUCCCAUUGUGAAAGCAUCUUUGUUUAUCAUAAAACAUACCUGGAAAGAAAUAUGUAAUGUGAAGGCAUGUAAUGACUUUAAAUAUAGUUUACUUUUUGAGGGAAAGUAGCAAAAUAAGUGGAAGGUAGAUUGUACAGUAAAAUACAUCGGGAGUAAUACUUAAUUUUUUAUCUCUAUAGAAAACGUACAGAACCAUAAGAAACUGCAGCUGACAAAAGGAAAGAAUGACCUAAUAACAGGAUUUAUGACAGAAGAUCUAUUUCUGUUGUAAUAAUCCACAGCAGAUUUUACCAGAAAGACCUGAUCUAGAGUAACUGCUUAUGCAGAUAAGCCUAUGUCCCUGCAGACUCACUCUGAUGGAACUAUACAUUAUCAGAUGAGUUUAUUAGUGUACCCAAACAGUAGCCCAAGGCAUAUAAUUAGAAGCAUCAAGGUAUAUUUUUGAAGCACUGCAUAGGAAACCUAGUUGUGUAAGUAAUUCCAAUUAAUGUCAGUGUAAAUUUGUGGUAAAUCUAAAUGCUAGGAUUUGAAAAAUUUAUCCUGUGUACCUAAAAGGACUGGCAGACAUUUUUUGUGCUUGCUAUUUUUUUAUGAUAAAAAAUAAUUUUCCCUAUUUUAUGCCAUUUACAUUACUAGGAAAAUUUUACUAGCAAAUCUGAAAAUGAUUGUUUUAAUACUAUUUGGCAUCUGCUGUAUUAUGGUGAAGUACAUCCUCACAGCGAGUUGCAGAGGUAUUUGCCUGGCCUGUGUGUCAGGGCUCUGUAAGAUGCCGUGAGUAGGCAGAACAAAAAAAGAGUCUGUUAUCCUUGCAUACUUCUGAGGCAGAAACGUCCACAGGAGUUGAGUUUGAAGUGAAACGAUUAUCUUGUUAAGUUAGGGAAAAAGAAAGAAAAAAUAAAGGAAAAGAAAAAUUUUUUUAGGAUCUGAUCAAUAAAUAGUCUUGUACAAAAAUUAAAUAAUAAAAAAAAAAAAAAAAAAAAAAAAAAAAAAAGAAUGAAAA